CAUUUCCGACUUCCGACUUUUUCCUUGUUACCAAGCAACAGCGAACGCCCUGACCUGAGAUGUGUGCCAGCUGGUCUACUUGGGUUAGCGGAUAAUUACAGACUGAGCUAACUAGCAGACAUGGACAGUGGUGAUGACCUGGACGAAUUGUUGGAUGAAGUAGAACAAAAGUUUUGUCGCAAUGUUUCUGUCGCGUCUUCAGUUCGCGAAUCCCCGAGCGAGUCUGGUAAAUGCGGGAAAGACAAUGACGAACAGAAAGAACACAGGUUUAAUUCCACAAAACCUGAACUUUCAAUGAGUAGCAUCACUGAGGAUGUUGACGCCUUUCUGGAAGAAUUACUGGAGGAAGACCAUGAAAGUUCCCUUCAACCAGAGACUGAACCAUUUACUAAAGGACCAAAGGUGGAGAAGAAGCUUCCAUCUCAGUCUGGAGGGAGGAAGUGCUUUCCUGUCUUCGUUGGCGGGAGCUCUGUCACAAACGGUGUUGGAACAGCCACAUCCAAGAGGUCAUGUGGCCAGUUGAGGUGUGUAUCCUGUGACUUCUGGGUGCUGAUGUUUGAUGACUGUGAGUGGGACUUGUCCUGUGAUUACCUGUUCCUCAGGAACAACAUGCCGGACUGUCAGAAGCUCAGAUCCAAGCUGAAGAAGAAGACAGGGGUACGGGCGUACGCCUGCCAGUGCAGCUGGUUCUCCUCCUCAGAGCUGACAGACCUCAGGGACCUACCUCAGCUCAGAUGGGUCUGUGGAAAACAUCGGGACUGAUGUUCACUCCUCACUGCUGCAAAGCAAUCUCUCUGGCCAGUCAUCUCUCUUAAACUCCGCUUGACUUUUGAAGCAUCAGAGACAUCAAAAUGUCACGAAAUCUAGCUUUGGAGAUAAAUAUCUGACUUUUAUUGGUCUGUGACACAUUUUCUAUGUGACUGAAGAAAAAACAUGGCUCCAGAAAAGGUCAGACAAAUGUAAUAUGAGUUGUUUCUUUUACUUGAGUAUGAUGAAACAGACAAUAAUAUGGACCAAACCGAACCAUAGACAGGGAAAAAUAGAAUGUCCAGAAAGCACCGCGCUGUAGAGUUUAAAAGUCUGUAUAUAGUCAGAUGUCACACUGUAACUACAUCUAUAUUGAUUUUUACAACAUUAAUAAUUUUCUCAUCCUUAUCAAUCAAAACCUUUGUGAGAAAAUGUCUUUUUAAAAAUAAAUUGUCAAUGUUUUAACUUCAA